AUGGUAACCGCCGCCGCGGCAGUUAGCCCGCAGCGGGAGGGGACUCCUCAACAAACUGGUGGUGAGAAACUCCACUCGCUCAACGCGAAAUCAAAGUUCCUGCCUGCCAAAUCGAACAUUUCACCUCGACCUUUCUCAGUGCCGGAGGAAUUCAAGAAUAUUUACUUCACAGACUCCCUGGUGACGGUUUCUGAUACAGGGAAAGAGAUUGGUGAAUUUACUGUCACCUUGCAGCCUAUCUUGUAUCAUAGUUUCCCAUGUCUUAGUGUUCAUGCUAACAGCCACGGGUCCAUUGACUCUAUCCCAUGUGGAACAUCCAUCUCAGCUUACGUUUCUCUUGAGCUUGAAACAUUGGAACAAUAUCACCAGGAAUAUAUCAAGCUGAAGGAUCAACCGCUGAUGAAGAAAACAGAUAUAAAAAGAGAACCGCAUGGUUAUGUUGUGACGUGGGAAACCACAUCCAAACAGACUGUGACAACCGAGACCUUGACCUUCAGUCUGGAAGAAAUGCAUGGGUUUGUGUCAGAGGCCAGUAACCUGGCUCUUUUACGGAUCCUAGCCCAACGAAACAAAUUCUCCGACGACAUGGUCUUUCUCUCUUUCGACAGUGAAAUGAAGCUUUCUACUUCUACAUAUAUGAAUCUGGGACACAGAACAGUGAAGAUCGGAAAACAGGAACAGGAUGUUCUUGGCAUCCAAAGGACAAUUCACUCCGAGACAAGUGGCCCCAUGAGCUGGCAGUCCAACUUCCUGUCAUCUGGGCAUUUAACAAGCAGAGUGCAAGUGGGCUCCCCAGCUACAAUGGUGCUGACCCAGUUACCUCACCUGAGAGAAGCAGAUGAAGAGGAACCUAAACCAGUCUUUGAGAAGAAACCCUUGAUUUGGGAAGAAGACCUGCAGCUGUAUUCUAAAUUUAUUGACAGAACGGAGGCCCUCAAAGCUGACUACAAUAGCUACCUAAGACACCACCCAGAGUUGAGAUCAUUACUGGCUGACUUCCUGGAGUUUCUCCUCCUGCGGAAACCAGAGGACGUCAUCACCUUUGCUGCAGAAUAUUUUGCCCCUUUCUCCGCCUUCCACACAGAAGGAAAUGCCUUCCUCACCUCAAACAAGCCAAGCCCCUUCAAAGAACGGGAAGGACCUUCCAAGAAGGGGAAGAUUUAAAGUGAAAAUUUUGUUGUUACGCUAAUUGCUUUUUAACCACUGACAUUUGUGUAGCACUUCAACAUAUUAAAGUAGCCCAAAGUGCUUCUCACUUCAUGUAA